GUGACUAGAGCUGGUCGAGGUGUUAGUCAAGAAAUUUCAAUUUAUCACAAUGUUGGCCUUUUUUCGUAGUAUUUUAGACUGGUUUAAAAGUCUCUUCUGGAAAGAAGAGAUGGAGCUAACCCUUGUUGGCUUGCAGUAUUCAGGAAAGACGACAUUUGUUAAUGUUAUCGCGUCUGGGCAAUUCAGUGAGGAUAUGAUCCCUACAGUUGGAUUUAAUAUGAGGAAGGUUUCAAAAGGAAAUGUGACUAUUAAAGUUUGGGACAUUGGUGGUCAACCUCGCUUCAGGAGCAUGUGGGAACGAUAUUGCAGGGGCGUCAAUUGUAUYGUAUAUAUGGUUGAUGCAGCUGAUCAUGAGAAACUAGAGGCAUCRAAAAAUGAACUCCACAAUCUGUUAGAAAAACCACAAUUAGCAGGCAUUCCAAUUUUAGUACUUGGGAAUAAAAAAGAUCUUCCUGGAUCGCUGGAUGAGAARGAAUUGGUAGAACGACUCAACCUAACAUCUAUACAAGACAGAGAAAUCUGCUGUUAUUCGAUCUCUUGCAAGGAAAAAGACAAUAUAGAUAUAACUCUCCAGUGGUUGAUUCAGCACUCAAAAUCCCACAGCUAAACACACAAAAAUGRAAUAAAGAAUAACUUUAACUAGAAUUUGAAGGAGGUUGCCGGGUCAUAGCUAAAGCAAGAACUGUUACAUAUGAACACUCAAAUAGCUAACAUGUGAAUAUCUAAAUGUCUAUCCAGAUGAUAUCGAACAGGCGUAGAUAGGCUAUCAUAUUACGUAUAAUGGAAUCGUUAUGAUAAAUGAGUGUCUAGCAUUGUCAAGGUAUGUUUGAAUACAAAUGUGCAUUUUGGAAGAAAAAUAAUAGUUUUCUUUAAAAAAUAGUUUUUUUAGUAUCUUGACAUGCAUGUAUAUGAAAUGGAACUCUAGUCUUGGACCUUAUUCAUCCAUCCUGUGUUACCAUCCUAYCAAACCAACGUGGAAAUGCUCUGGUCAAAGGUGAACCUAUUGUAUUUCACAAUUUAUUGUUGGUAUUUGGUGUGAUAACACAAAGUUUGAAGUGGGCCCAAUUAAAUCUUUAAUGGUUAGUUGAGCUUUAAACUGUGUCAUUUUCUGUGGGCUAAGAAGUUAUUUUUUUCUAACAAAUACUGGGUGAUUGUAGAGCUAAAAAACAAAAGACAAGCUAAGGUAUAUUAUAAUAGUUUUCAUACCAAAGUACCCUAUUGUUUUCAGGGUUUUGAUUGCAUUUUGUGGCAAUUAGGAUUAGAUAAAAUUGAAAAAUGGUGGACCAGCAAAAAUUAUUUUAUAUUAAUGUAUGAACAAGWAGCUAGUCAGUCGAGAACUUUGUCAUUUAGAUUUUGCCACCAUUUUUUAAUUCAUUAAAGUUUAGCAUAAAACUGUACAGUAUCAUUCCCACACCAAACCCAAUAACUUCAUUGAAAACUUGUCGUAAGGAGAUAUAAGUAAAACAUAUAUGGAAAGGUUUUUGAUGAGUAAUAAUGUCACCCAACUUUUAGAUAUAGUAGCCUUUAUAGCCAGGCUUCUUGGGUUAGCUGUGGAGGGGUGGCUACAUAGGCUACAGGCACAUUCAUUGAUUGUUAUCAUCUUAUCAAAGACUUACAAUAUUUUCAAAUGUCAUACCCAGUCUGAUCUUCAAGAAUAAAUAUCUUUGAUAGUAAUAA